AGAGCAAGUUGUAUGGCUGUGCAAUUUGUUCCUGCAAAGACCUACGAGGACUGGUGGGCAUACAAGGAAACACUUCACGGAAGCUUUGUGCCAGGUCCUCCCUUCUGGGGUCUUGUGAAUUCAGCAUGGAGCCUCUGUGCCAUUGGCAAACGCCAGUCUCCUAUGGAUGUCAACACAAGUCAAAUGAUUUUUGAUCCCUUCCUCCCUCCACUUCGGCUCAGCAUUGGUGGAAAAAAGUUUAGUGGAACCAUGUACAACACAGGCCGACAUGUCUCUUUUCGUCCAGAUCCAGUACAGCUGGUUAAUGUUUCAGGAGGACCUCUGCCAUACAGUCACCGGCUCCAAGAAAUACGGCUGCAUUUUGGCAGUGAAGAUGGAUUUGGCUCAGAACACCAGAUAGAUGGUGACAGCUUUUCUGCUGAGGUGCAGGUGAUCCACUACAACCAAGAACUCUACCCCAAUAUUUCCGAGGCUUCACACAAUCCCAAUGGUUUAGCUGUCAUUUCUAUCUUUGCCAAUAUUGGACCAAAUCCUAACUCUUUCCUGACCAGGCUGUUAAACCGAGAAACGAUUACCCGGAUCUCCUAUAAGAAUGAUGCUUAUCUUCUACACGAUCUGAGCCUUGAAGACCUUUAUCCAGAGACAUUUGGUUUUAUCACUUACCAAGGAUCCAUGUCAACCCCUCCAUGCUAUGAAACAGUCACCUGGAUUCUCAUUGACCGUCCCAUCAAUAUUACCUCCGUUCAGAUUCACUCCCUUCGUCUUCUCAGUCAGAACCUCCCUUCUCAAAUUUUCCGGAGCAUGAGUGACAACUCGAGACCUCUCCAGCCCCUUUUACACCGAAGCCUUCGGGGCAACCGAGAGCCACGGCGCCCCACUAAACAUUGCAAAGGAGCCUCCUACAGGCUACAUGUUGAUGGAACACAGCCUCCCAAACCAGGCAUGUAGUUUUGCUGCAAGCUC